GGCAAGGCGGCGGGCCACGCGAGGCGGUGGGCGCGAGGCGCGCGGUGGCGUGAGGAGCGGCCGCGUCCACGUUUGUCUGCCCUGCGCCGGUCCCGGCCUCUCCCCGGCCCCGGGGCCCCGGCGGCAGCCUCCGCCCCGCCGGCAGGGUGCCCAUGGGCUCUCCGUCGGCUGCCCCAAGGCUGCUCUACCGCAGCACCCGCCUGCUCCGCACGGCCUUCCAGCACCUCCACCAGCAACAGCAGCGAGCGGAUGUCUUCUGUGAUGUGGUCCUGCAGGCUGAAGGUGAGGCAGUGGUGGCCCACUGCUGCGUCCUCUCUGUCUGCAGCCCCUUCUUCAUGGAGCAGCUGGGCCGGGAGCUGCCCCCCCGGGGUCACAGGGUGGUGCUGGAGCUGGGGGGGCUGAAAAUAGCGGCGCUGCGCAAGCUGGUGCGCUUCCUCUACACUGCUGAGCUGGAGGCCACGUGGGAGGAGGUGCAGGAGGUGCUGGCAGCUGCCCGCCGCCUCCGCGUCACUGAGCUUGAGUCGUUGCAGCUCCGGGGGGGACGGCUGGUGAGGCCGGGGCCCCAGCGGCAGCUCGACCGCUCCUGCCUGCGCACCCCCCAGCACAGCUCCCCCAAGGUGGCAGGUGGCAGGGCUGAGCCUGCCAGUGCUGGCAUCCCCCCUGGGAGCGCCAGCACUCCCCCACAGGAGCGGCUGUGCUCUCCAGGGUCCGCACACCCCAGCCCUGGCCCCGUGGGGCGAGUGAGGCUGCGGAAGGUGGAGAGCGGGGGGUACUGGGAGGUGGUGCGGGAGAGGCAGCCCCCCACCGUGCCCGGCACAGUGGCAGCAGGCAAUGGGGGGGUGAGAGAACCAGGGUCCCCCCCGGAUGCAGGUGCACUGGGGCGAGUGGGCAGGCACUCCCCCCUGCAGCAGCCCCCACGGGCAGCCGGGAGGAAGCAGGGCCAGGUGCCCCCUGCACCCCAGGAGGGCUCUGGGCAGGAGGUGCCAUCAAGGGACUCCCCGGGUGAACCUGAGGAGGAGGAGGUGGAUGUGGGGAUGGUGGAGCCUGGCCUGCCCCCCGGCACUGUCUGCAUCUGGCCCUGCCCCUCGUCUGAGUCAGAUGAGGAGGUGGACGUCCUCACGUAGGGGGACUGGCUCUGCAUCCCCCCACCACUGCCUGCGCUGUGGCAAUGCAGGCAGGGCUGCCCUCACCCUGGGCGAAGAAGCUGCACCUGCCCCGGGAUGCACGGCGCUGAAAUAAAGAGUUGGAGCUGGCA